AUGGGUCAACCAAAUAUCAGUUAUUUGCAAAUAAUGAAACAAUCGAAUCCUAUUUCCGUAUCAUCGUUUUGUAAGGAAGAUGUUCAGGAAAUGAAGGACAACAAUCUCCUAAACAUACGAAAUUUAAAUUCAAUUGUUUGUCCUGUGCAGAAAGUAGCAUCAACAAAUAUUCUGCGUAUUAUACUGUUAACAGCAGAUAAAAAGUAUUUGAAACAAACGAAAGAGCAGAAUGAUCGUUUACUUAAACGAAUUAGUAGUAAGUACAUAUAUACGAUGAAACGUCCGUUUUUACAAUCUAUAAAACUGGGAAAAUUGCAGCUGAGGCAACAGUUGAAUUUGUUAAAUAAUACCUCAAGAUUUAAAUUUCUUUUCGUUCGACAUCCAUUUCGACGUAUAAUAUCGGCCUAUUAUGAUAAGUUUAUAUAUCCGGAAGAGUUUGAAAUUCCGAACUGGACACGAAGAAAACAAAUGAUGUUGAAAACAUUAAAACAAAAGACAUUCACCCUAAAAACAUUUUUGUUUUAUAUUGUUUAUUCUAUUGAACAUCGCUUACCAUUAGACGGUCAUUGGGCGAGAAUUGUAACAUUUUGCAGUUUUUGUAAAAGACAAGAAAAUGUUAAUCGUUCUGAUUUUCACUUCGUAUUAUGUCCACAUUAUGCUAAGGUUGCAGUUGCUUCAAAUCGAAACUUCUCCGGUAAGUGUAAUUAUGAGAAUAUACAGUUGUAG